AUGAAGGAGACACGCUACGAGAGACUCCAGGCGGCGGAUCAGGGUGACACAGAAGUAGAAAAUGUCGCACAAUCCGUUCCAGAAGUCAAUCUGGAGACAAAAACAAUGUCCGGGAAUGAGCUUGUGCCCAUCGGUCGGAUGACUCUGGCCCAAAGGGCACUGUUUACACUCUGUCUGAUUCUAAUGUACUUUGCCCUAUCCAUUGGACUAACAUUUUAUCAGAGAUCUUUGCUACAAUCCUUCAAGUUUCCACUCAGUGUCGUUCUGUACCACCUUCUCAUCAAGCUGCUCCUUUCGGGGCUCAUCAGGUGUGUCUAUCGCCUGGUAACCGGAAGAUCCAGGGUCGUCUUGAGCUGCAGAAACCUCUUCAAAAUUGUCCCAACUGGAAUUGCCAGUGGACUGGAUAUUGGCUUUUCCAAUUGGGGUCUGGAACUGGUCAACAUUUCACUAUACACAAUGGCCAAGUCCACGACGAUCGUGUUCAUCCUGAUUUUUGGGAUCCUGCUGGGUCUCGAAAAGCGCAGCUGGUCCCUCGUGGCGAUUGUUGUGCUGAUCUCCGGUGGUCUCUUCAUGUUCACAUACAAAUCCACGCAUUUUGAUGCCCUUGGAUUCAUGUUUCUUCUUAUUGCAUCACUUUCUUCUGGUAUUCGCUGGUCCUUUGCCCAGCUACUGAUGCAAAAGUCCAAACUUGGACUGCAUAAUCCCAUCGACAUGAUCUACUACAUGCAACCCUGGAUGCUGGUGGCCAUUGUCCCAGUCACAUUGGGUUUCGAGGGCAGGAAGAUUCUGGAGGAAUGGCCCAGUGUGGCAGCAGCUCCAGCCUCAGAAGUUGUCCUGAUGUGGAUGAAAGUGACUGUGGGAGCUGUUGUGGCCUUUGCAAUGGAAUUCAGUGAGUUCCUAGUACUUUCCUUCACUUCCAGUCUCACACUUUCAGUGGCUGGAAUCUUCAAGGAGAUCUGUCAGAUUGUUUUGGCCGUGGAAGCCAAUGGAGAUCAAUUGUCACUGCACAAUGUUCUGGGAUUGGCACUGUGUCUGGCUGGAAUUUGCUGUCAUGUUGCCCAUAAAUACUGGAUUUUCUCAACAAAUGCCCAAAUCCCAUCACAAACUGAAGGGAAAGUGGCAUAUGAAGCUGAGACUCAACUCGCUACGGCAUCAACGAGCACAGGUGAGACUUCCAGGCAGCAGAUUCCACUCCUAGACACUGAUGUUGAAUCUACUGAUGAUUCGGAUGAACCAGUAAUGAGAGAGAGACGCACUUCUGAGGUCAUUUUCGACGUACUCAAACGACGAGAUCCCAGAAGGAAUUAUUUUUUCAAACAAACCAUCUAGUCUGCAAUGAGAAAUGUUCUACUUUUUUAUUAUAAAACCAGUAAAUUAUUAAGAAAAAAAAAUGAAUAUAAAAAAUUAGAAAAUACACAGAAUUUUUCUGCAAAUCGAAACGUGAGAUUCAAAAAAUAAUUAAACUAGACUUUUCAUAAAUCAAUAUCCAAAAUAUCAAGGAUGUCAAGGGGGUUUGACUUUGUAUCUCAAGUCCUGGGAUUAAUUUUGAAAAUAUAAAUGUAUUCAAUUUUAUUACAGAGAUGUUCAGACCGAAGAGUGAUCCUCUUUCCAGUAUUUUCUCUGAUCCUAAUCAUCUAUUAAAAUACCUGAAUUUUCAGAAAAAUCGCUUGUUAGGAAAUUAUUGGAUUAAUUUGAUUGUCUGAAAUGGUAUUAGGUUCCAAAUAGAUUCAGGCUGAUCCUCGAGAAUAUUAGGGUAAAGGCUUAUAAUUUGUCCAGUCUGCUUAUAAGCAUCGAUUUUCCAAGUUUGAAGUGCGAUAUUUUCGAUACUAAUUGGCUUCUUUUUGUUACUCUCUUUUCAAAAGGGUUGUUUAGAAACUUGGCAAGGGUUUAUUGUCUUUGUUUUUACUAAAAUUAGUUGUAAUACGUUUAAAAAUGAAUUGAUUGUAGAGGUGAAUUUGGCUCUUAUUUUGGACAACUUGGUUAUUAAUUUGGACAACUUGGCUGUAAAUUUGGACAGCUAAUCCGCCUCAACAGGAUUCCCAUUGUUCUUCAUUUCAUGAACCAAUCUUACCAAGUCUUCUUCCUGUUCAUGUAAGGGAAACUUAGAAUAUCACAAGAAGCCCAGAAACUUUCCAUAUCUUUCAUUAAAGUGAGUUGACUUCGGUACUCCAAGUACUUGCGGAUUCGCUCAUUCCCUGCCCUUUCCGGGAGCCUUUCAAUGCAUUUCUCGCUGCAUCUCUUUCGUAGAGAUGGUGCUCCUUUGUUUCUCCAGGCAUUUGUCCAACCUAGUCAUCACAAAAGCUAAAACUUCACGAAAUUUCGUGAGAAAAACACCUGUCCAAAAUAAGGAGUAUCACCUUAAUGGUAAAUGUCUUAAAAUAUUUCCCAUUUUUCACACGAAAAAUCUAAUUCACAAGGCAAAUCUCACUUCAGGUCAAAUGUACAGAUCACCACUAAUGUGAAUCAACACAAUUUUCAAUGAAUAUUCAAUAAUAUCACUCAAAAAAACCGAAGAAACAUUGUUAGUAGUUCACCACAGCUAAAUAAGACUGAAGUAAACACAAAGUUCUGUCAUAUUUCUCGUAAGCAAUUGCUCACACUGAAUUUUCAACAAAGCAAUUUCAACUCAAAUCAUAUUCAAAAUUUAACGUAUUUAGUGUUAAAAUCUUCCAAAAAGAACAAAUAUUUAGAUAGAAUUCAUUAUUCAUCAAAUAUUGGAAUAAAAAUCCAUCAUUUUAAUCAAUUUAUUUUUAGUAUCCAAUUUUAUCCUCAAAGUGUCCAAAAUAAGAAACUGGACAAAAUUAUGAGCCUUUCCCCUAAAUGUUUAAAAAAAAAAUCCAAAAAUUGAUUAGCGUCUUUCAGGGGUAAGUGGGAUACUUUCAAUUGGGACAUUUUCAAAAUUGGGCUUUUUUCACGUACUUUUUAAAGGAAAAAUCAGCCUUAUCACAAUGUAAUUUCGAUUUACAAUUGAUUUGUAGAGUUUAAUUAGAUCACGGUAAAGUCCUCGUUUCAUUUGAAAAUAGAAGAAAAACCCUUUUUUCAAAGGUACCCCUAUUUAAAGAUAUUCAACUUUGUCUUAAAGAUUUUUUUACUACUCGAACUUCGCAGAGGGAGCUGUAUAUCGACGGCUCCAUUCAAUUCUAAAUCGAUUUAACCUCAACAAUAACUCAAAAUGUUGUUUUUGGGACCGAUAUCUACAACUGAUCAAAAUUUGGUUGUCAUCCGACAUCCGAGUGAGGAGAUAUUCAAUUUCUUCUUCAAAAAAAAAAAAAAAAAAACAAUACCGGGCAGCAUAGGAAAAUGCUAACUUGAACUGGUUCUCUGGAAAAGUUGUCAUUUCGAGGUAGCAUAGUAUAAAAUGGAAGCGUCUAUAUUAGAAUUCGUUGUCACGCUGUCUGUCACUCCUAGAGGCCAAACGAUUAGAGAUAAUGACUUGGGACCUGUGAGAUACCCCCUAUAAGACAACCCUGGGACUGGGACCAUUAACAUGCCCCUCAUCCCUCUAAAAUCAUAAUUUUUAUUCAUUUCUGGAUAUUUUUCAGAGGUUACCUAGGUGGAUAUUUUGUCCAUAUACGAAACAAACCGUUGAAUCAUUCUUAACCCAUUCCUUACCAUGGUAUUAUACAUCAUACGCAAAUUGAGUGAUAUUAGAUGAUUUAUUCCAGGGUAAUUGAUAUUCGAAUUUUUGUCAGGAAUGGAUUUUUAGUUACUUUAGUCCUUCAAUUUCUUGAGAAAAAUAGUCCGACAGAUAUGGGAAUACAUUUUGUUGUUCUUUUCUCGCUUCGCGUGAAGUCAUGCAAAAAUAUUGCUCAAAAUGGCGGACGGAAAUUUGCUAAAAUUGGCCUUUAUCCUCUUUCCUGAUUUGAAUUCUGGUUGCCUAUGUGCUUUCUUGGAUAGUUACUCUAUCUAAAUCAAUAGAGUUUGUAAUAAAUUAAUGCACAGAAUUUAAAUUCAGUGACAGUUAAAACGCGUGUUUGAGGGAGGCUCCCCGGGCCCUCAUAAAAUGGAUAAAUUUUUUUCUUUUCAAAAAAUUCUUCUAUUAAUCUUUAGGAAAUUAAUCCCAAAAUAUGAACAUUCUAUCUCAAGCAUUUCUGGUACAUUGACUGAAUGGAUUAAUAGCGGUUAUAUUUCAAGGUUAAAUGUUAAAAUGGCUCUAGGGAGCGCAUUUAUCAACCGAAUGGGAUUAUAUUUGGAGUCGUAGAAAGGUCUUGGAAUUUCUGACAAGACUGAAUCGAUUCAAUCCGGUUAUAAACUGCUAAUACUACGGUCUAACGGCCAUGAACCGAUAAGCGAUUUUUGUCCGAAAAUCAAUUGUAUUACUUCUAAGACUUCUAAGCUAUUUUGGGAGAUAUUCUAAGUGAUUUAUAAAUCGGUUCAAAUCAGUUGUGAACCGGUAAGUAAAUGAUGCGAGGAAAUAUUUCAUAAUAAAUAUUAGAAAUAUUAAGAAUAUUUCAAAUACUUUUGAGGUAAAAUAUCAAACUCAAGAGUUCAAGCACUCCGCAAAGUCUGGGAUGCUUUGCCACCCCUUUGUUUAGUUAGAAGAUACCGGAUUUUGCAUUUCUUGAUUUGUCAUAUUUUACCCCAGAUUAACAAUAGAAAAAAAUAAUAAAAGGAAAAAAAAGAAAAA